UUUAGGAAGAACUAUCCACAUACAUUGUACCGUUGUCCUCCAACCACUUCAACAUGUACCGUUAGCAACUGCAUGCAAGUGCAUGCAAGUGAAAUUUGACGACACAGUACGGCUUGAAAACGGGCAGUUUGGGGUAAACGGCCCAAAUCGGCCAUGUAGAAUUAGCGGAAUGAUCAGAUUCUGUACAAAAUAUGAUAUAAUUUCAUACAAAAUAGAACUCAAUGAAUUCAUUAAUUUUUAAUUUGUUCGAUACGCCACGAAGAUUAUUUGAAAAUCGCUGUUUACAGUCGUUAAGCCAUGACUCACAAUGAGGGCAUGAAAACUGGUCUGUAGGGACAGUUUAGUUCAGUCGGUAGCAGUGCGCAGCGCUGUAUUACCGUACCUCCUUUCGUCUUCAGAGUUCAGGCAUGGUGACAAUCAUCGCGAUAAAUACUGGCUUUCCAGGUGUUUGAAGCCCAGAAUCAGCUCACUCCGCUAAUUCUACAUGGCCGCCCAAAUCGGCCCAGAAUUGUUAUGUGCUAAUCUGUACAGUGUAGAUUAGAUAGGUGCCUUGAAGUACCUUCGGACAUAAAAGUCCACUGUAUAAAGUAUUCGUUCGCGUCAUAUCAGAUAAUUGCAAACACAUGUAUAGAGCUUGAACUCUGACGGAUUAUAUAUUAUGUUGUUGAUAGCCAUCUAAUAUGAAAUGGUAGGAAAUAAGAAUGUGAUCGAAGUCAACGGCCAAUUAGAAGGUACGACUUGCAUAAUGAGACACGAGCUGUUUAGAAGCGGGGCGUGUGUCUUUCCAUGGAGUAUUCGGCGGCCUUUGUAAAGAUCAAGCCAUCCAGUGCCUGGAGCUACGUACGGGAUGCUACCAAACUCGCCGAGGUCCAAGAAACCGUCUCAAAGGAGAAAGUGCCGCGGCCGACGUGGGAGCCCGGAAUAGAAGCGGGGUACCGCCCGCCCUACAAGACGUGGGGCUACUACGCGUCCAGCCUCUUGCAAUUCCACAACGAAACUAUCAACGUGUGGACUCACUUGAUCGGCGGUGGGGUUAUCCUGCUCUAUUUGUACCAUUACCACAUUCUGCUGGACUUCUGGAACAACGAAAAGACUUGGCCGUUCCUUGCAUUUAUAUUAUCAAGUUUGCUGUGUACCAUUUUUAGUGGGGCGGCCCACUUGCUUCAUUCCAAAUCAGCAUACGUCCAUUACGUGGCCUUCUCUUUCGACUACGCUGGUGCCGGACUCUACUGUUUUGGAUGCAUGACUUUCUCAUUCUAUUAUUCAUUCGAUGACGACAUGGUAAAACAAUUUGGACCUUACGUCAUGCCCAUCAACGCAUUCCUCUCGGUGAUUUCCUGUUUUUCAUGCUCAUAUGGUAAAACUAAAUACAGCUUACACCACGUCCUCAGAAGGAAACUUUGGUUCAUAAUACCAUGUGGAAUGCACUUCAUUCUGUGCACAGGACCACCUGCAUACCGCUUCAUGAAAUCAGUGAUAUUCAAUUCGGGAGAAAUUCUUCCUUCUGAAAUCGUAUCUUGUGAAUUACAUUUCAAAUCGUCCGUCAUUUUUCUUAUCGCCGCCAUGUUUUUUAUCAGCCAUAUUCCGGAAGUUUACAUUCCCGGUGCUUUUGACAACCUUUGCCAUUCCCAUCAGGCUUGGCAUGUAUUGCUGGUGGCGACAAUGUCUUGUCAAUUUCACGCCGCCUAUAAUGAUAUCCUUCACACACAAUAUUCCUCUGAUGCUCAGAUUCAGUUGCCAAGUAAUGGAGCAGUCUUUUACUACCUUGCGUUCAUAUGUCUUGCAGACACGAUUGUAAUCGUUGUCAACAGUUUCUUGGCAAAACGAGUUGUCCAAGAGGAGAAUCAGGAAGUUGCUAUGGCAACUGACUUCGUGAUUCAAAAUGGUGCAGCAAAAUCCAUGAGAAAAGAUGAAAAACCAAAACGCUCCUGAGCAGCGUGUUUUCACGAACAGGUCAGAAAAAUGAAUAUCUUGAAAAUCUAGUUAAGUGUUGAAAUCUUAUAUUAAAGGAUCCUUGAAUGAAAUGGCCAGGGCCACUGUGCUCACCUCAUGUGGAGGAAAGAUGGAUAAAGAGCAUGGUAUUGUGUCAUGUAGUGUUAGGUUUGAUGUAGGUCCAAGCAAUUACAAUUUCCCCAAAAUGGCCAAUUUACAGUACAUUCGACCUCUGUGACCUUGAAAAGUAGGUCAAAUCAAAGAAGACCCGGGUGACACAUUGAAUGGUUGUUAGAAUUAGAUGUACCUAUGAUAUAAAAUUGGUGCCAAUCGGGCAAGUCAUUACUAGGUAUAAUGGCAUUUUGAAGAAUUUAGGAUUUGGCCCCCUCCCUGGAGGCCAAACGGCAAAUCAGAUCGCACCAAACUUUGGUACCUGAGAUCACCUGACCAAGGGGUACAUGUGUACUUAAUUUGUGAUCAAUAGUCAUUGCAGUUAAGAAACGUGCCAUAGU